GUAAAUAAAUAAGAGACCUGACAGGUUACGAACGAUCGUUGGUCGCCCACAAAUUUCACAUUUCGGUUUUUGAAUCGCUCGAAUAUAGUUGUAGUGUGCUAAAAUGAGUUUCUUCAAAUUCUUGUACUUGUCAGCAAUUGAUUUCGGAAUCCAGUGGAGUCUUUGGGGGUUGGCAAGUUGGUUAAAAACCGAAAAAUUCUACGAUUUGGCAGGCUCGUCGACGUUUGCUUUGCUGGCAUUUGUGGGUUACCAGAAGUACUCCAAUGGUCAUCCUCGUGCCAAAAUUCAAACAGCAGCUAUCCUCGUCUGGGCAGUUCGGCUGGGAUUCUACUUGUUUUCUCGAGUACUCAAGCAGGGACAUGACAGACGAUUCAAAGAUGCCAAAGAAGACCCAUCAGUAUUUUUUGUUUACUGGACUCUACAGGGUGUUUGGGUGAUUGUCACUUUGCUUCCGUCACUGAUGAUGGUGAUGCAGAGAAAACAACCUUCCCUCAGUGCCAUCGAUUGGCUGGGCUGGACCAUGUGGGCAGUUGGUUUUGCCACUGAAGUUGUGGCAGAUUACCAAAAGAGUCAAUUUCGCAGCGAUCCAGCCAACGCCGGAAAAUUCAUCAACACUGGCCUCUGGAGUGUUUCUCGCCAUCCCAAUUACUUUGGUGAAAUUCUCCUCUGGUUCGGUCUCUUCAUUAGUGCCUCUUCAACCUUCACCGAAUGGUGGGAAUAUCUUACCAUUUUAAGCCCAAUGUUCCUCAGUUACCUCAUCACACAAAUGUCUGGCAUUCCGCCAUUGGAGAAGUACGGAUUGCACAAAUGGGGACAAACUCCAGAAUACCGCGCCUACCUCAAAAACACCCCAGUGUUGGUGCCAUAUCUCUAUACUUAAAUCAUUUUUCUUACAAUACCCAUUACUUAUUGGUCGAUCAACUUUGUUUAGAGAAAAUAUUUUUUUUGUUUCCACUCUUUUGAUCAAUAUAUUGAUUUAAACAAU